AUGACCAACGGCGAGCCAGGUGUACCCCUCACUGCCGAUAUCCAAAUCAUCAUCGUAGACACUUGCGAACCAAUUCCUCAGAUUUGUCUUGAAGCAUGGCAUUGUAACUUUGAUGCAUACUCUGGUAUCGUCACGAACGGCAACGGCGAUUCUUCCAAUAAACCUAACCUGAAAGCCACCUUUCCCCGAACUAUCAGUCUUUCUGACGAUGAUGUUGUUAUUAACUUUAACGCCGUGUUUCCAGGCCAUUAUAUUGGUCGCACGACACGUGUACAUGUUCUCGUUCGUUCCGGUACUUCUUUGAACGCCAAAAGUACUCUAAGAGGUAGCAACAUCGUCCACGUCCGCCAGGUAUACUUCGACCGGGACCUUAUCUUGCUCUUUGAGCCGCAGGAGCCGUAUAGCAGGAAUACACAAGAGCUCACGACAAAUGCCGAUGAUGACAUCCUAGCUGAAGAAGCUGUUCAGGUCUUACUCGGCGACAAUUUAUCCUAUGGCAUAUUCGCUUGGAUUGCUUUCGGUAUAGAUGUUACAUGGUCGCACGAUAUCAGCCUGACGAUUUACUAUACUUCUGAGCGUGGCGUUCAAGAUGAGGAAUUCAGUUCCCUAAGUGGUGGUCCUCCGCCCAACGGCACUGCUCCCAUCGGUAAUACUAAUACGCGCACUGGCCGCUUGUAG